AUGUGUUACUAUGGUGGAUACUGCGGCCUGGGCUAUGGCUAUGGUGGCCUAGGUUGUGGCUAUGGCUGUGGCUAUGGCUGUGGCUAUGGUUAUGGCUGCUGCCGCCCACUGUGCUGUAGAAGGUACUGGUCUUAUGGCUUCUACUGA